AUGGCCUCGCAAACCCCUCUCAGGCCUCUGCUUGGCGCCGCCAGGUCGGCUGUCCGCCGCUCCGCCCGCUCGCCGCAGCCGUCCGCCCAAGCUGUCGCAGCAUCGUCGUCCACCACCGCCAUCGCACCCGUCCGUCACUAUGCCGCUCCUGCGCGGCUCCAUGACCCCAUGCCUGCACCGGACCUGGUCGAUGUACCCCGAUGGAAGCAGACGCCCCGCGCAAUGACGGCGCCCGUUAGACUACGUCCCAUCAAGCCGGGCAACGAAUGGAAGGUCAAUGAGGAUCCGCGCAAGCUCGACGAUGCCUACACGCGUAUGCUGGGCGGGCAUGGGGACACGUUCUUGUCCGAGGAGAUCAAGUGGCUGGCGGUGACGCACAAGAGUUUCGAUCACGGAAGGCGAGGUUUCAACGACCGGCUGGCCUAUCUGGGAAAGCGUAUCGUUGAGCUCCAAACAUCCCUGGCACUGUUGAACAUGCCUAGAGGCCCUGUAGGCGGACGCCAGGCGGAUCCGUACGGCCGCGAGCCGUUUCAGCAUAAUUUGCUGAACGGAUUUCAAAAUCUUUCUUCGAGAUCGAAAGACGAGUUCCUGUCCAAGACCAGGCUGGCCGGUCUGGCUAGAGAAUACGGCUUCGAGUCUGUCAUGCGGUGGAGACCGAAGAAGGCGGACAACCUUCAAGGCUCCGGUAUAGAUGUCGUUCUUGCGCAGACUCUGUACGCCAUCAUCGGUGCGCUGGCGAUGCAGAAGGGCGGUGAGGUUGCAAACAGGACAGUUAAGGACAGGAUACUGAUCCCUCUUGGCAUCUCCAAGCGCUGA